UCCUCGUGGCCACGGAACGAUGAAUCGCUGAUUGAUUGAAUGAAUACGUUGUUUGUCUUCCGAAGGUUAUUUUCGAAGACGCAAUUUUUUGCAAGAAAUCCAAGCCAAGGAUAUAUCUUCGGGCUAGAUAAUCGCAGAAAUAUCUUUCAGCCUCUUAGAUCGCUUGAGUGGGGUUUAGAACACUUCUCAAAGUCAAUAAUUUUUGUGGGAAUAAAAACAAUGUCUGCCGACAACGCCGAAAAUUCAACCAUUCUGGAGAAUCUACGAAAAUCCUUGAAGGAGCAGGGUGACUUGGUAAGAAAACUAAAAGCUGAAAAUGCUCCUGCACCAGACCUUGAAGUUGCCAUCAAGGAGCUUAAAGUUAGGAAAAAGGCCUUUGAGACCAAGGAAAAAGAAAUGGCACCCAAGCAAGAAAAAUUUGAGAGAUCAAAAUUGGAGGACUUGCUAAAGAGGCGAUUCUUUUUUGUCCCUUCAUUUGAAAUCUAUGGAGGUGUGGCAGGGUUGUAUGAUUAUGGACCCUCUGGUUGUGCUAUGGAAGCCAACAUGAUAAACAUUUGGAAAUCACAUUUUGUUUUGGAAGAGCAAAUGUUGGAAAUAAGAGCUUCUCUUCUGACACCUCAUUCAGUUCUUAAAACAUCAGGGCAUGUUGACAGGUUUGCUGAUUUCAUGGUGAAGGACGUCAAGACUGGGGAUUGUUACAGAGCCGAUCAUCUAUUGGAAGGACACCUUGAAAAACUGUUAGCAGAUAAAAAACUGGAGGAAGAGAAGAGACAAGAGUAUGAAAGUGUUAUUGGCCAGGUAGAUAACUAUGGGAUGAAAGAACUUGGGGAGCUUUUGAAAAAGUACAACACCAAGUCUCCAGUAACAGGGAAUGAUCUGACUGAUCCUGUGGAAUUCAAUUUAAUGUUUUCAACCUCAAUUGGUCCAAGUGGGCUCAUCCCUGGCUUCCUUAGACCAGAAACAGCUCAAGGAAUCUUUGUGAAUUUCAAACGCCUCUUGGAAGCUAAUAAUGGAAGACUACCAUUCGCCUCAGCACAGAUUGGACCUGCCUUUAGAAAUGAAAUAUCACCUCGAUCGGGUCUUCUGAGAGUAAGAGAAUUCACCCUGGCUGAAAUCGAACACUUUGUUGAUCCAAGCGACAAGAGUCAUCCCAAGUUUGAAAAUGUGAGCUCUCAAACACUGAGGUUGUUUCCAUCAGAACAUCAGAUUGAGGGAAAACCGCCACUGGAGAUCACUGUAGGAGAUGCUGUCAAUCAGAAAAUUGUUAGUUCCCAGACCAUGGGUUACUUUCUCGGCCGCGUGUUCCUCUUCUUGCUGAAGGUUGGGGCUGAUCCAAAUAAGAUCCGCUUCAGGCAGCACAUGUUCAAUGAAAUGGCGCAUUACGCUUGUGACUGCUGGGACGCUGAACUCCUCACCUCCUAUGGCUGGAUAGAAUGCGUUGGAUGUGCUGACAGGGCCUGUUAUGAUCUGUCCGUUCACACAAAAGCAACCGGCGAGAGACUGGUCGCUCAAGUUGAUUUGGAGCAAUCGGAAAUGAUUGACGUAGUGGAAAUCGUCCCAGAGAAGCCAGCAGUUGGAAAAGCGUUUAAAAAGGAAGGGAAAAUUGUCAUGGACUAUCUGGCUCAGAUGGAUAAGGAUGCUAUCAAAGCAUUCGAGGAUAAACUUAACGAAAACGGUAAGGUGAAUUUAACAAUAGAAAACAAGGAGUUUACCAUUGAAAAGGCCAUGAUCAGGGAAAUCAAACGAUACCAGAAGGAAAUUCAUGUUCGUGACGUAGAACCCCACGUGAUCGAACCGUCGUUUGGAGUUGGAAGAAUCAUGUAUUCUGUCCUUGAACACAACUUUAGAAUUCGCGAAGGAGACGAGCAGAGGACGUGGCUGUCCCUUCCUCCUGCAGUAGCGCCCGUCAAGUGUUCUGUACUUCCGCUCAGCAAGAACAAAGAAUUUAGUCAGUUUGUCAAGAAGCUGUCGGAGUCUCUUACUGAGCUGGACAUCUCUCACAAAGUGGAUGACUCCAGCGGAUCAAUCGGUCGGCGUUACGCUCGAACCGACGAGAUAGCCAUUCCAUUCGGUAUCACUGUGGACUUUGAUACAGUGAACAAGGAACCUCACAGUGCUACGCUAAGAGAGAGGAACUCUACACGCCAAAUACGGGCGCAGAUUGACGAGUUACCCACUAUUGUCAGCAACCUUGUCCGUGGAAAGGUCACGUGGUCAGUAAUAGAGGCACAAUAUGGUCUGUUCGAAGGGCAGGAGACUGGUGCCAAGUAGGCGAUUCACUAAGCAGCCCCUGCAGAUUAUACGAAUUUGAAAACAGCCGAGGAAAUUGAGUGAUCCUACUACAACCUGCUCUAAAGCUAGUUGCGAGGCAAUACUGCUGAAAAGCAUGCACUCGAUUUGUUACGUUUUUCGCGAUUGUAGCAACACAGGCGUGGAAAGAUAAUAAAAUAUUUAA